AUGGGUGCAGCCCAGUCCAUCGCGCACGUGCGCAAUCGAGAGGCUCGGAUACGAGAGUUGGAGUCGACGGUGCAGGAGCUGGAGCUCCAGCGAGAAGAGUACAGGAAGCUGAAGAUCGUAGCCGAUGCAGAGAAGAAGAAUCUUGCAAGGCAAGGACUUCUUGUGCGGGAGAAUGCUGCGAGAGAUCGAGAGUCCAAGGCCAUCGCAGAGGGUCAAAGUCAGGUAGAUCGAUCGUUCAUGGAAGCGCAGUAUGCUCGUUCUAGGGCUUCAGAACAACGAGCACUGGCAGAGCUUGCAGACCUGAAGUCAAGAUAUGACAUCCUCCUGCUGGAACAUCAAGCCCUUGAUAUGAGGCGGCAGGCUGAGCAUGAUCAAGCUGUUUCAAACAUGCGACAAGCGGCAAACACAAGGCUGUUCUCCGUGCUUUCUCUCCUUGAGAAUUUUAACAAGUCUCUGGAUGUCUUAUAUGAAGAGAUCAUGCAACUUCGACAAGACCGAACAGACUUUGCAAAAAAGUGCGUGAAUCUGUGCGAGAAGAUGAAUUUCAAGCAGGUGAAGGUGGACUCGACACUGGAGUUCUUUGAAUGUGAGAAUGCGUUGGAGGAGGAGAAAAAGCGAGAUCGAAGCAUCUUGUCUAUGCAGGCCAUCGAGUUUCUGCUCUCAGACGACACGAUAGCAAAGCCAUUGCAAGCUUACCUCAAAGCCUCGGAAGACGCCAAAACACAACUGCUCCAAUCAUGCUCAAACCUCCCGGAUGGGGCUGGUGAGCUUGUCCCGGAGUCGUCUGGACUGCAGGACGACAAGACGAGGGAGAAGAUCGAGUUCGUAGACGCGAAGUUGAAGCUGAACCGAAGGUUCGAAGACUUGCAGACUGACACUGAUCGCAUCGCGUUGGAGAAGUCGGUGGUGACGGAGCUGUCGAUGAGUCUGGGGAUCAGCCAGGAAAGGUUCGAGGUUGAAAGAUUCAGCAGAGGCAGCAUCAUUAUCCACUUCUCUAUCCUCCCGCAGAAAAAGGAAGACGCUCCCUUCGGCAGGCCUCUCGAGCGGAGGUCAAGCCAGCUGGAACGGAAGUCCAGCAUGUUGGAGAGGAGGUCGAGUCAGCUCGAGCGCAGGACGAGCAUGCUGGUAAAGGAAGAGCUCGACUCCGGUUUCAUUGCGAUGAUCCUCAAGGACAUGGUAAACGACCCUUCCUCAAGGCUGCGAAGAGGUCUUGUCCUCUCCUCCUGCACCGAGUUCUCCUGGAUGGCUGCCCCUGAGAUCCCGGCGAGGGAGGCGAAGCGAGAGAUCAAACGGCUGGAGGUGGAGAUCGAGGAGGUAAGCAAGUACCUGCGGGCGAUCAAACAGCAAAAGGAGGAUCAGGCAGAGGUCCUGCGACGAGCCGUGCACGCGAGCAUCGAGAUCCAGCGGGUCUACCGGGGGAUGCAGGGGAGGGUGAAGGUCCGAAGGAUUCACAUGGCGAUAGAGGCAGCGGACACGUUGCAGAGGGUGUGGCGGGGACACGUGGCAAGGGUGCAGUUCAUGAAGAUGAAGGAAGCGAUGGACAUGAAGAACGAGAGGGAGAGAGAAGCUCUGCUGCGAGAAGCCGCUUCCCUUGAGAAGAUGCAGGCUGUAGCGCUCAGAGAGCUGGCGGAGGCAAAGCAGAGGUACAACGAGAGGAGGAACAUCAAGUAUGGCUACAGCUCGUCGGUGGCAGAGACAUCGAUGAAACCAAAGAAGAGGACCAGGGUCAGCAUGGAGGAGAAGACGAGAUGGUGGGAGGCGUACCAGAAUGAAAAACUUCGGGACGCGCAAGAGAUCUUAUCGCAGGACAUGAAGAACAACGAUCAUUCUAUGUGCUUCGUCCCAGAGGAAGGGUUCAGCCUCAACUACCACGUCCGCCCCCUGAUCUUCACCACCUACCAGGACUUCCGGGAGGAAAGGAUGCUUCUUCUCAACGAGAGCUUCCCUUCCUUGCACCAGAUGUGCUGCGACAGAGGCGUCGCCUUCUGCCCCGUUGACCCUUUCCUCCAGAUCUAUGACCAGACUACUCAGGGGAGGGGGCCGCAGGCAUGGCAGUGGGUCGGCUUCGGAGAGGAGGCGAUGCUUGACGACGAGCUAGUGCAGAGCAAGAGCAUGCUGAUGUGCUCGAUGGAGGACGUGAAGGAGACAAACGUCUGGCUCUUCUUCGUAGGAGGGCGGUACGGGUGGGUCCCUCCUGCUCCCCUCCUCCGUCAGGCGAAGCAGAAAAUCGAGUGGGCAAGAGAGUUCUACGAGGAGUCGGGGAUGGAGAACUCUUCGCUGGGAGAAGUGAUGUAUACGGCGAUCGUUGUGAACAGGAUGGACGAGAUUAGCACGAAGCUCAAGGGCAGGACCUUCUUCUUCCUCCGUGACGACACGUACGGCGAUGCGUUCGCGCAGGAGAUGGCGAAACGAUUCGUCGAGGACGAUCAGCAGGUUGUCAAGCAGCUCGAGAAGUUCAAGGAGAGUAUCAGGAUCCUGCCCAAGGGCAUCUUGACGUUUGACAACUACAGGGACCCGAUCUUUGCGGUGCGGCAGGCGACAGAAUGGCUGCAGAAAAGCAUCAAGUUGACCUUCCCCGUGCUCGCCAACAACUACGAGAGUCAUCGUGACCGGCUCUGCCACAGCAGCCUCGCCCUGAGCAAGCGCUCUCCCUUCAUCCAGCAGGAGGAGCUCUUCGACGUCCUUGACGCCCACAUCGACCCGAGGCAGAACAUGUUGGAGCCCAUCGUGCUCGUCGGAGAGGGAGGGAGCGGCAAGACGACUCUCCUCUCCAAGUACCUGGAGCUGUCGAGAGGAAAGCUGCCUCAAGCCAUGUGGUUUGCGCACUUCAUAGGAUGCAGCAGCGGCAGCAGCGACUACCAGCGACUCUGCGUCAACCUCCAACAAGCGCUGAAAGAUCGCUUCUCGCUCCAGAUUGAAGUGAACAAGAAGCUGCUGGCGGAGAAGAUGAGCAAGGAGCUAUCGCAAUGGCUCUCAGCAGCUGCUUCCAAGGGGAUAGUCAUCCUAUUCAUCGACGCCCUCGACGCCAUCGACGACACCUACGAUGGUUCUCCUCCUCUCACCUGGCUCCCCAAGAAGUUCCCAGCUCGCACGAGAGUCAUCUUGACGUGCCGGGAAGGAGCUGCGGCCGAGGAGAUCCGAGCGAGGGGCUGGAAAGUCCACCAGAUGCCCAGCUGGACCAAGGAAGCAGCUCUCCUCCUAGCCGAGCAGCACCUCCAGCAGAGGAGUCAGUGGACGGACGUCGCUGACAUCUCACUUGGCCCGCAACGCCUGGACAGGAUCGUAGCGCACCCUCCUUGCUCCAACCCUCUGCACCUGCGGUACAUGGUCGAUGAACUCUGCCGGGAGCACCAGGCCACCAAGAUCAACCCCAAGGACCUUCAGGUGGGGUGCGAGCUGGAGUGGCAGCUCCUGUUCCGUGCCAACGACGUCUGGGCGCUGCUUGACUACGUGCUGCAUCGGUGGGAGCGACAGUUUGACACGGCCCGGUGCCCUCAGCUGGUCCGGAGAGUCUGCAGCCUGUUGUGGGGCAGCUGCUGGGGGCUGUCAGAGUACGAGCUCUUGUGUAUGAUGCCGGAUGUACCAAGAGUUGUUCUUAUGACGUUCUUGGAGAGCACAAAGUUUACCUGGAUCAGAUACAGUGGAUACAUCCUUAUAGGCCACAGCUCCAUGAGAGAUGCGAUCCAAAGGAGAUUCGUGCCUGGACCACAAGAGCAGCGGGAAGUACAUCGGCGUCUAGGUGAAACUACCCUCGUCUUGCAGCUCCUCAAACACCUUCAAGGCGGUUUCUGGAGAUCUCUACCGCCGUCGAGGAGGAAGCUUGAGGAGGAGAUCUAUCACUGGAGGAGAUCGGAGCAGUGGGCAAAUCUUAUGGGCGUCUGCUCCGACAUGUCGAAAUUUCCGCUGUUGUUUGAAGAGGACGACGCCGGGACCCUGCACUGCGACCUCCGAAGAUGCGUCAGGGAGGCCGACAAGCACAUCGAUGCAUACAAGGCAGGGGAGGGCGCGAGAGAGCGCAAAGUGACCAGCAGGACAGGGGCUGCUGGAUGGGUUGAAGCGCUGGAGAGGAUAGGAGUGCUGCUGGCGAAGUUCUUGGGGGAGAUGGGAAGGAACAAGGAGGCGACAGAAAUGUACGAGACGAUUCUGAACCAGCCGGCACAAGGCCUACAAGGCUCCACAGAGACGCAACAUCAAGUGGCUGAGCUCAGGUACGUCGACCGCUCUCCCAUCAGCCUGGAUGCCACGGCAGGGACGGCAGAGAGGUCGUUCGUGCUGGUCAACAAGGCGCAGGAUCAGUUCAAGUAUGCGUUCGAAGCUCUGAAAGAGUUGUUGGUGCAUGAUGAGCGAGAGGUGGAAGGGAUCACGAAAGAUCAAACAAUCUCGCAAGAAGAGAAGGACGUCGCACUAUCGCAAGCUGAGCUGACGCUGACAAAAGCUAGAACUUCAUUCACAGCUGUCCUGUGUAAACUCGGAAGAUUGGAAUACUUGGCGGGAGACUUUGAGUCAAGUCAGUUGCACUUCGAGCAGGCAGCCUCCUUUGCGGAUCAACACCUCAACCCGACUCAUCCGCUCAUAGCUGAGGCUCUGCUGGGCUUGGGCGACUUGCUGUUUCAGAGGGGGAGGUACGAGGACGCAGAGAGAGCGACGAGAAGGUCCAUGUCAAUCCGUCAGAUCAACCUCGGAGGAGGUCAUCCGCUCUUUGCCGAAUCGAUCGACAGCCUAGCAAAGAUCAUGGAGGCGACAGGCAGGAAGUUUGAGUUCGAUCAGCUGACAGCAAGAAGCGCCAAGAUCAUGUCCGAGCACGCCGUGGAAACCGCGUCCUUGACCCGCCAGAGCACAAGAGUUGUGCAGGAGGAUCUGGAGGGAUCGUCGAUGUUUGGCUCAAUCCGCAAAGAUGUUUACUAG